GCGCACUUUGUUUUGACAGCAUCGUACCGUUACGUUAUGUUUUGAAUUGGUUAGAUUGUAUCUUUCGAAAUCUUAUAUCAAUUUUCGAGAUUUUCUUAGAUUAAUAGUGAUAAAAAGUCUCCAAGAUGACCGCUGAUCCUAAAUCUAAGUUAUCCGAGCUUCAAGCAACGAUUUCCAAAAUGUCGCUUGAGGCGUGCUGUGUCGCGGUAUUACCGGAGCUGGGGCUCCUCUGGGGCGACGUGUCGCGCGCAAUCCGCGCCUCUAGACUGCCCAUGACGUCUGCGAGCGCCGCGAGGGUGCUCUGCAAACACAUAGCCCGUUCACUGCCGGCUGAAGAAUAUGAUGACUUGUUGAACCGCUUGAAGCUUAAAUUGGUAGCAACCCAGAGCCGAGUGUGGCACCUGGUGUCGUUGUCGGAGCCGGAGUCGGAGGAGCCCGCGUCCGCGGCCGCCAUGACGUCGCGCGUGCGCCACGCGCUGCGGAAGGCCAAGGCACCCAAGAAUAUGACCACUGUGGUCGAGUCAGUGAACAUCGGUGACCUGGUGUACUUCAGCGUACAACUAGUGUCCGCGAGCAGGCAGGGCAACACGCUGUACUGCGCGGUCCCGCCGGGGCGGCCCGUGGCGCUGCUCAGCUCCCUAGGGGCCAAGACCAUGCUGAAGGCCAUUGUAGAAGGUCUCGGCUAUAAAACCUACACGGACGAGAGCCUCCACGGCCGCGACAUCCCGUCCCUCCUGCGCAUACACGCGCGGGGCUCCGGCGGCGACCACGCGGGGCUCCUGCGGGGCGCUCCGGAGUACCGCCCGCAGCCGCUGCUCACCGACAACGGCAUAGAUUUUACCUACAAGGGCUACAAUGAAGAGUACAUGGAGCUGGUGAUGGGCCCCAACCCGCCGCUGAUGACGGACCUCAAGAUACAGACCUCCGAGCCCUUCUUUGACCCUAAUAGGUUGAAGAAAAACAUAAACCUGACGAUAGAGCUAAAGAGCCCGGACAUCGCGUCCACGCUGAAGGAGUGGGUGCGGCUCGGCGCGCUGUCGCCCACCUCCCCGCUCGUGCAGAUCUUCCACCAGACGCAGAGCAACAGCAUCGCCUACCAGCGGGACGACGACUAGCUCACACUAUGUACCUUAGGUUAGGUUUUGUCACUAAAAAAACCGGCCAAGUGCGAGUCGGACUCGCGUUCCAAGGGUUCCGUACAUUAAGUCCGACUCAUGCGUGACUGCACAUUUCUUAUAGGUUUUCCUGUCAUCUAUAGGUAAAGAACUAUUUUGUGUAUUUUUUUCAUAAUUUUUGAUCCAUUAGUUUCGGAGAUAAAGGGGGGAGGGGGAAUGGUCAUUUUUUGGCUAUUUUCUUAAAUAACUUCUAACCUAUAUAUUAUAAAAUUAUAAAAAAAAAUAUAUUUAAAAUUCUCAAAAUGAGCUCUUUCUCUAUCACUUUGAAAAACUUAAUUUUUUAUUUUUCUCAUUUACCCCCCAAAAGUGGCCCCCAUGUUUAAAAUUGAUUUAUUUACGUUACAUGUCCGUUUUUGGGUCACUAAUUUACAUAUGUGUACCAAAUUUCAACUUAAUUGCUUAGUUGCCAGUAGUUGUGUAACUGUGACAGACGGACAGACAGACGCACGAGUGAUCCUAUAAGGGUUCCAUUUUUUCCUUUUGAGGUACGGAACCCUAAAAUGGACGCAACUAAAGUAAAGACGAUAAGCACGAAGAAUCUAUAUUGCAUGCCUACAGACUAUAAGCCUCGUAAGGCCCACCAUAGAAAGUAUCCAUAUUUUUAAUUUGACCCUUGUUGUAUAAAACAUUAGGGUGACUUUCGUUUGUUUUAGAAAACAAUGAAACAAAUGAAAUGCUACUUUAUUCAGGUUUUGAAAGGUUCAAAUUAGAUUAAAACAGAGUGUACAUUAUAAUGCACAUUGGGCCUUACGAGGUAAUAGUCGGAAAUAGAUUUAGCUGAUUAUACACAUAACAUCACUAUGAUAACUGGACGUUUUU